UUCAGGUAAUUCAGUGCGCUUUUUAAUUUUUUUUUUUUUUUUUCUGAAGGAAAGCGCAAACAACAAACUUUAAGGCAGCGCGCCGCUGAAUUUGGAGACGCAUUUUGGGGGGGAAGAGAACUCAACGAUCCCGUUCGGAUUUGGAUGUGAAAAGCGGCUAAGGGUGUUAGACAGAGCCAGAGGAAUGUAUCAAAAUCGGGCCGCGGUGCGGGAACGUCUGUGGAGAUGUCCAGCCUGCGCUCUGUGGAUCUCCCUGCUGCUCCAAGGCGUGCUGGACCUGAGCGCGUCCGGAUCAGAGCUUCCCCAGGACCUCAGUGUACUUGCUGCCACCUCGUGGAACGCCACAGAAGGGCCAUUUAUCCAUCUUGAAGCUCCCAUGAACAACAUAACAACGUCGCUGGGUCAAACAGCAGAGCUUAUUUGCCGCGUCUCCGGGAACCCACAGCCUGUCGUGCGUUGGCUGAAAAACGACGCCCCAGUGGUGCAGGAGCCAAGGCGGGUCUCCUACCGGUCCAUGCCGUACGGAUCACGCCUGCGAAUCCGCAACCUGGACACCACAGACACAGGCUACUUCCAGUGCGUUGCAACCAACGCGCAUGGUACCGUUUCCACAACAGGAGUUCUGUUUGUCAAAUUUGAUCCACUCCCUACACCUCUAUCAGGAAGGCCAACGGUGGAUCUGAAUGAAGAUGGAUUCUGCCAGCCGUACAGAGGCAUAGCCUGUGCUCGUUUCAUCGGAAACCGCACAAUCUAUGUCGAUUCCCUGCAGAUGCAGGGGGAGAUUGAGACUCAAAUCACAGCUGCCUUCACCAUGAUUGGAACUUCCAACCACUUGUCCGAUCGUUGCUCCCAGUUUGCCAUCCCCUCCCUUUGCCACUUUGCCUUCCCAACAUGCGACCGCACAUCAGGCAUUGACAAACCUCGGGACCUUUGUAAGGACGAAUGUGAGAUCCUGGAGAAUGAUUUAUGCAAGACGGAGUACAUCAUCGCUCGCUCCAACCCCAUCAUACUGAAAAGCCUCAAACUGCCGAAUUGUGACGAGCUAGCUGCCUUCGACAGCCCAAAGGCAGCCAACUGUUUAAGAAUUGGAAUUCCCAUGGCUGAACCCAUUAACAAGAGUCACAAGUGUUACAACAACACUGGGGCAGAUUACAGAGGGACAGUGAGCGUGACCAAAUCGGGCCGUCAGUGUCAGCCAUGGAACUCGCAGUAUCCUCAUAGCCACACCUUUCUGGCUGUCCGUUACACAGAGCUGAACGGGGGCCACUCUUACUGCCGCAACCCGGGGGAAACCCAUGAAGCCCCCUGGUGCUUCACGCUGGAUGAAGGUGUCCGCAUGGAGCUCUGCGACAUUCCAAUCUGUGACCAUAAAGACAUGUCAGGUGGCAGCAUUGAUAUCCUCAAGAUUUUAGUUCCCAGUGUGUCGAUCCCGUUGGCCAUAGUUUUGCUUUUCUUCUUCAUCUGCGUGUGCCGCAACAACCAGAAGUCUUCCAGGCCCCCAGCUGCUCGUCCACCGAAACCAGUCCGAGGUCAAAACGUUGAGAUGUCUAUGCUCACAACUGCCUACAAACCAAAGAGUAAAGCCAAAGAGCUUCCCCUGUCAGCAGUGCGUUUCAUGGAGGAGCUUGGGGAAUGCACUUUGGGGAAGAUCUACAAGGGUCAUCUGUACCUGCCAGGCAUGGACCAGGCACAGCUUGUGGCCAUUAAGACUCUGAAAGAUAUUUCCACUGCCCAGCAGUGGACAGACUUCCAACAGGAGGCCACCGUGCUGACGGAGCUUCAGCACCCAAACGUGGUCUGUCUUAUCGGUGUGGUUACCCAGGAGCAGCCGGCCUGCAUGCUGUUCGAGUUUCUGCCACAAGGGGACCUCCACGAGUUUCUGAUCAUGCGUUCACCCCACUCUGACGUCGGCUGCAGCAGUGAUGAGGAUGGCACUGUAAAAUCCAGUCUGGAUCAUGGAGACUUUCUGCAUAUGGCCAUUCAGGUUUCUGCAGGGAUGGAAUAUCUAGCGAGUCACUUCUACAUCCAUAAAGACCUCGCAGCCAGGAACAUUUUAGUCGGUGAGCAGCUCCAUGUGAAGAUUUCUGACCUGGGUCUCUCCAGAGAGAUCUACUCCUCCGACUACUACUGCAUCCGGCCUAAGACUCUGCUGCCCAUCCGCUGGAUGCCCCCUGAGGCCAUCGCCUACGGGAAAUUCACCACGGACUCGGACAUCUGGUCGUUUGGGGUGGUGCUGUGGGAGCUCUUCAGCUACGGCCUGCAGCCCUACUACGGCUUCUCCAACCAGGAAGUGAUGGAGAUGGUGAGAAAGAGGCAGCUGCUGCCCUGCCCUGAGGAUUGCCCACCAAGGUUUUAUGGCUUGAUGACGGAAUGCUGGCAGGAAGGACCCACACGGCGACCGCGCUUCAAAGACAUCCACAGCCGCCUGCGAGCAUGGGAGGGGCUGUCUUCCCAUGCCAGCUCCAGCACACCCUCUGGUGGAGGAGGCAAUGCCACCACCCAGACAACCUCGCUCAGCGCCAGUCCCGUCAGCAACCUCAGCAACCCCCGUUUUGCCACAGCCGCUGGGUACCUCUACCCCGCCCAGGCCAUCCCUGCGCCGGGACAGAUGGCUCCAAUUCCGGCCUGGACGCCGAUGGCUGUGCCCCAAACCCAUCAGCGCUUCAUCCCCGUCAAUGGAUACCCCAUCCCACCAGGGUACGCAGCCUUUCCAGCUCACUUUGCAGCUCCGGCUCCACCCACUAGAGUAAUCCAGCACCACCUGCCGCCUCCUAAGAGCCGCUCGCCUAGCAGUGCCAGCGGGUCCACCAGCACGGGUCACGUCAGUGGGGUGCCUUCCACCACGGGCUCCAACCACGAGGCCAACAUGCCGCUGCUGUCUCACUGCGUCAUGCCGGGAAACGGCGGAGGGCAGGGCCAGGUUUACGGACAAGUUUCCCAAAAAGGGGUGACGCAGAUUGACCACGGUUCGCAAACUGCAGCUCUACUCACUCCGGACUCUGACGUGCUGAUGUACAAUGACUCGGUCAUCACCGCAGACCUGUAAACAGGCGAAGGUAUGUUCACUCUCUUCCUGCUCGAGGACCCAUACAUGAGAAGCUCUGCCUCUCAGCCAGGGAGCGGGAGUCACAGUUCAUCUUUGGUCAAAGUGAGACCAGGCAGAUGCAGACUUGUACACACUGCUGGUUGUGCAGAAACAAAAAAAAACUUUGCUGCAACUGCAUAAGUAUUGCAAACAGAUGUCUGACUUUCCUUACUGUUUAAAGUGUACUUACUAUCAUGGCUUAACAAUGUUACUAUGGUAAUCUCUGUAAAUACAGUACAUAAAAGUGUUGUGUGAAUGAUGAAAAUACGUAUAAAUAUAUAUUCAAAAGAACUUUUUAAGACGAGCAGUGUGAUGGUAAAAAAGAAAAAGUAGCAAGUCCACCCUACAUCCAUUUAAACAGAUUUUAUUUGACCCUGGCAGUGAGGGUCUGUCUCUCUUAAUAGACUGUUUCAUACAGAGACAUAAACAUUCAUGAGACUUCCUUUGGGUGCCUUGCAGCUACGCUCCUGAAUACACAUACCGACUCAAGAAAUAAAAUGGUUAGUCAAGCAAGACCAACUGUUGGCUUUCAGUGAGAAGAUCAACAUGCUGGUUUCCUACUCCACCCUUUGGAUUCAGGACUCAAGCGUGUCUGGUUCUGUGCCUUCCUGAGAGCUAGCAGUUCUGCCGUGAAAUUUAGAUGGCAUCCACUGGGAUGGAGCUCAUGUUUUAUUGUCAGGGCUGUUCAUCAAAAUCACAGAGAGGGCAUCCCAAUUAAUAACAUAUCCUAGAAAAUGACAGCUGAAUGUUUGCUUUUGUUUUAGUUUGUUUAUCUGCAUUUUCGAUUUUCACAGGAGCUUGUCUUCAAUCUCCUAUGAAAGUAUAAAAGUUGUCUCAUGUUGGAUGUUUUCUGUUAACUUACCUAAUUAUCGAGAUUUUUUUCAGUUUUAUCAAAAUAGACAUUUCUUUGACCACCUUAAAUAACUUUGAAAACUAAACUAUCCCUUUAAACUCUAAUUCCAACACAAACAUUUAGAUAUUCUUUUGACUGAACAUGUUUUGAUGCCUUACUUAAAAAAAAUUAAUAAAAAAAAGUCAUUGCUUUCCAGACUUGUAUUUGUGCUUCUUCACUAUUAUUGUUUAUGUUUUGAGAAAGGAUUUGUCAUCCAGGAUUGCAAUGUUGGAAGUUGAAUUGUAAAACACAAAGUGCCUCUACCAGAUAAUGUCACUAAGUAACAUUUGGGGUCUGCUAUUUAUGUGCGAGAAACAAUACUAUUAGAUGUCAUUGUGUGUUUGAGAGGUGUUUUCUGGCUCUGAAAGAUUUUGUUUUCAUUGAUUACAUUCAUGCACCACAUUCUGUUGAUCUAACAUUUAGUGUUUUGGCAUGCAGGGUAACAAGUAAGUGACCCAGGAAGCGCUGUGGUGGAAAAACAAAUCAUUUCAAAUGUGUCAAGGUUUCUUCACAUCUAUAUUUAUUUUCAAUGUAUUGAAAAAUGGCUUAGAUUCUCUCUGAUAUUUUUUUCCAAAAUGAAGAAAUGUGUUGUGUAAAUGCUGACCUCUGUCCUCUCUUUGUGUUGGGUGGUGAUGUCAAUUAAUUACUAGAUAUGAAGCCUUUGGUGUAUUUUUUAAGGGGAUACCUUGAGAAGCAGUUUAUCAAUGAUUUUACCGUCAAAAAUCUUCCCCUUUUUUGUAUUCGACAAUCCUCAACAUGUGUAUUUUCAGACAGAUGCUUUCAGCUGUGUGUUCGCCCAAAUGUGUGUCAGACUAUCAGUCAGCUGCGUUUGAGAGUUUUAAGUGCAGCACAGAAUUUUUACUAACAAAAUAACUUUUGUAUUUACUUUGAGGUUUAUUCGAUCCAUUCAGCAUCCUCUUACUGUGAAAAAGGGCUACUGCUUUAACAAUUUCUACAUUAUGAAUUUCAAUAAGAAAAAAUGAGUUAACUGUCCAUGAAAGCAUUUUCCACAUUUUGAGGUUUUAAGAACAUUUUUAAUGUUUUGAAGUACAAUUUUAUCUCUGUCUAAGAAGUCUGUCUUCUUUUUGUUUUUGUUUUGUUUCUAAAGUAGACGGAGCUACCUAAACCCAAGUUUGUUCACUUCCACCACGUAACGGAUGUGUGAGUGCAAAAACCACUUGUACACAAGACUGUGAAUCUUUAUCAAGUGUAUUUUUGUUUUGUUUCAUUGGCAAAUCCAUCAUAAAUCUGACUUUUUUUGUCAUUUACUUUCAAGAACCAACACAGAUUUAUACUCAAAUAAGGUUUACUCGCAUAUUGACCAAGUUAAGCCUUGUCUUUGUAAUUUGUCUGAAUAUUUUUGCACAGGUGUUUUUGUAUUGCAAAAAUCAUUAUUAUUAAAUGAU